GCCUGAUUUUGGGAGGCUAUUCUUCCAAGAAGACCGAAACCGACGUCGACGCUACAAAAGAUUUCAUUUGGACUCAGGCGGCUAAAAGUUUCAAUGAUCAAGUGGCCAAUCGCUUAAACGAUGCGUUGAACUGGUCAGAUCAUCUGUAAAUGUGACAUUCGAAAAUUCAAAGCCUGAAGAUGGCAGGCCGUGGGGUUAAGAGGGGUCCCCAGUCUCUUCUGUUUGGGGGUGUAAAGGACACAUAUGAAGACAGAGAUAGUGAUCUUCUCUGCCCUGUCUGCUUGGAUAUGAUGUCGGAACCUUACGUGACUACGUGUGGCCACAGCUUUUGCCAUGGAUGCAUUGUCAGAAGUCUGGAGUUAGCAAGCAAAUGUCCCAAGUGCAGCGGUCCUCUCGACAGUAGUGGCCGAAACCCAUCCGUUUUCCCCAACGUAACCCUCAACGCAUUAAUAACCAAACAGAAGAAGAAAUUAGUCGAGAGUCAAGAUGGAAAUAUUUUGAUGAAAGACUUCACCAAUCUGUUGGAUACUCGGGAUUGGCAUCCAUCAGAAUUAGUUCGCAUGCAAGAAGUUUUGCUUCGGAAACAAUGUGAUCUUGAUGGAGAACGAAAACUGACCGAAGCCCAGCUACUUAACGAAUUCCUCCAACAGCUCAAAACCAAGAAGAACAACGAGUUGAGAAAUGUUCAACAAGAACUAGAGGUGCUUGACAAGGAUUUAAAUAUGGCGCAAACCCUAAAUCCUGGCAUCGAUUCUGCUGCAAUUAAAGUGGAAAAUUAUGAAGUCAACGAGACGGCCUUCAAUUCAUCCAUCGCGUCCACACCGUUAAGCAUCAGUCAACGUCGUGUAAGAAUGCACCAACAUUUCGAAGAUUUAGAGGGGAAAUACUGGGCACUUCGGAACAAUCGUCUCGGUGGUGAGGAAGAAGAAAAGAAAAGUUUACUCGACUUUCAAUCUAAUUUGAACCAGUUAACCCGAUGGAGUAGACUAAGGCCUUUGGCUAAUUUGAGCUACGGAAGCGAACUCCUCAACACGGCACACAUUGUCAGCUCGAUCGAAUUCGACCGAGAUGCUGAUUUUUUCGCCAUCGCUGGUGUGACCAAACGCAUCAAAGUCUACGACUACGCAGUGGUUGUACGGGAUGCGGUUGAUCUUCACUAUCCUGUUAUGGAGAUGGUGGCUGGCUCGAAGAUAUCGUGCAUAUCUUGGAGUGCCUACCACAAAUCGGUCCUGGCAAGCUCCGACUACGAAGGCAGCGUAUCCGUUUGGGAUGCGUCCGUCGGUACUCGUCUGAGGGUCUUUCAAGAGCACGAGAAACGCUGUUGGAGUGUCGAUUUUAAUCGCAUGGACAGUCACUUGAUGGCCAGUGGCAGCGACGAUUCCCGAGUCAAAAUCUGGAGCUUAAACGCUGAACACUCUGUGGCCACUUUGGAAGCUAAAGCCAAUGUCUGUUGCGUCAAAUUCAAUCCGUACUCGCGUUAUUGCUUAGCCUAUGGCGCAGCCGAUCAUUGCGUCCAUUACGUCGACCUACGUCAGCCCAAGGAGCCACUACGGGUCUUUAAAGGCCAUCGCAAAGCCGUCUCUUACGUCAAGUUUCUUAGUGAUCGCGAAUUAGUGUCGGCCAGCACGGAUAGCCAAUUGAAAUUGUGGACGGUUGAAGACAACGUUUCAUGUCGAUCUUUUCGCGGACACACAAACGAGAAGAACUUUGUGGGCCUCUCGACGACGGACGGCAGCCAAGAUGAUCGACGUGAUUUGAUUGCUUGCGGUUCUGAAAAUAAUGCCCUUUACCUCUACUCGAAGGGACUCAGCCAGCCUUUACUUCACUAUCGUUUCGACGUUGUUAAAAGCGCUUUGCUAUUGGACAAGGAGCGGGCCGAGCAAGAAGAGAGCGCCGAGUUUGUUUCUGCCGUUUGUUGGAAACCCGACUCCAACGUAAUCGUCGCUGCCAACAGCCAGGGAACUAUAAAAAUUCUCGAACUGGUUUAGGGUGGUAAUUUUAUUGUGAAUUCCCAUCAUCAUCAUCCAUUUUGCGAAUUUUCUAUUUGGUUCUGGGUUGUCAUUCCCCAAUGACUUGAACGCUGUGUUCUGCCAAAACGUGAUUCCCCUGUUGUGCCUAAUCUUCAUUUAAAUUUUAUCCUGCAAAAUACAGUUGUGAAUUUCCUUUGA